AAUAUACCUUAUGCCAGUUACUCUAAAAUUACAAAACCGAAUUCUGUACACCAGUGUGAUUUAAUUGAAAUACCAUAUGAUGAAGAUGUAGAUACAGGUUUGUUGAAUAAUGGCCCAAUAUUUUACUAUGUACUAUUGGUUAUAGACUGCGCGACUAGAUAUAAAGAUUUCAUUUUUUUAACAUCAAAAAAUAGUGAAAAAGUCGCGGAAGCAUUUAAGAGUAUAUAUGAUAAUCCUGACAAUCCUCUUAACUGGGCUCGGCUAUUGCAAUGUGACCAAGGUCGUGAGUUCAUGGGAAGCGUAACAUUGAUAAUGGAUGAACACAAUGUUAACAUCCGAAGAACUAAAGCACAUUUCAGGCAUACAAGCUUGGCUAUAGUUAAUCAUUAUGCCAGAUUAUUCGAAUUAAGGGUUUUUAAAAAUCAAUAUGUGAUAGAGUUUCUCUUACCUACUGGUGAAUGCUGUAAAGAAUGCGAACGAUUUGCAAGAAGAAUUGUUAAUAACAUGAAUGAUACUCCUACUCGGUGGAUAUUGAGAGAUAACUGA